GCCUGAAGCUCUCUCUCUGUCUCCCUUCGCGCACGUUCUGGCUAUGGUGCCUCCCAAACUCCUGCGCGUUCAAACCCUUAAGCCUCGUACUUGGUUCCUCUCGCUCGGUCGACCUACAGCUUCUUUCGUAGCUCGUAGGAGCUGGUUUCUCUUGCAGUUUUUGACGAGUUUUUAUUAUUCAUGGUGUUGAGUCUGUAGGUUCUUUGUGAUUCUUCUGUGUUUACCGCCGCAGCGCUCAGCUGGAUGGGAGCUAGGGCUGUCAGUCAGGUUUGAGCUUCAGUGGAGACUAAUUUUGCAAGUCGGUGAGGCUGUGGUGAGGGAAGUGGGAGCCCUAGAGAAGUUUGCUAGGAUAGUUAAAGAGGAUUUAGUAACGCUCCUCCGAUUUUUGAUUCGUCUACCCUAGAAUUUGAUUGGCGGGCAUGUUCAGUGUGGCUUGCUUUUAGUGUGCAUGGAAUUUGUCUUCUCUACCACGUGGCUUUGUGAAGCUAUUUCCAAGUUUGAGUGUGAUUGCUGUCAAUGAAGGAAUAGUGUUACCGCAAACUUCCAUGAGGAGCCUGCAUUUCAGGCUGGAGAAGUGAAUACUUGGUAUUCAGUUGACUCUUGGUGUCGUUCAGAGUUGAGGUUCGGAAGUAGUGGUUUCGGCAUCUGCAUCUCUGGUGGAAGCUGUCGCGAAUCGGAUGUUGUUUUGGGAUUUGAAAUUUAGUGGCCACUUGCGCUCGUUGUUCUGGUAAUCCUAACGGGACUGCAUUCUUUCUUUUCACAAUGAAAUGUUGUCCGGUUAGGUAGUGCACAAGCCGAAGGUGCUUCGUUGACGUUUGUUCCUCUUGCAAUUCUCUCUUUUUUUGAAAUUAUCCAUAACUGUAGCUAUUGAUUCCAACUCUUUGGAUUCAUCCGAGAGCAAUUGACUUUCUUUGGGGGAACUUGUAUCAAAGCUGAGAGGGAAGUGAUUGUUCAUCUUUAAUGCUUGAACGUAGAAAUGUUUGAACCUCGAGAGUUACGGGCGCCUUGUGUCUCCUGUUCGUUUGUUCAAUGGCGCCCGCCUGAUUUCAUGGUUCCCCGGUGAGAAAGUCAUUAUUCACGGAUUGGAGGGAGUUUAAGCCCUCCUAAUUCCUCUCAGCGAGAUUGUGAGAAUGAACUGAAUACUCGACGUAGGUGCAAAAGAAGUGUGACAUGGUGUUUUUCGCAAAAGAAAAUGGCGUUGGUGGAUACAGUACCUUGUAGACAGCGGUCCAUGGAUAGCAUGGCAGGAGGACACUUAGGGCCACCUGGUCAUCCGCUUCUUGCUUCAACCCUCCCCCAAGAGCUGAUUGAUGAUUUAAGUAGAAGGAACAAGGUCGAGGAUGCGAAUCACCUUGCAGAAGAAAAGGAGAGUCUCUGUGGUGGUGAACCUGGGGCGUCGUUUCUACCGAGUACUUCGUACCUUUGUGACUUGCGUCAUGGUGCUGAUGGUGCCAUCGUUCCUGCGGCUGAAUCUGGCUUUGUUUCAAGGUGGAGGAUGAAAGACAGAAUGAAAACGGGAUGGGUGGCAUUAUGCAUGUGCCUAAAUAUUGGGGUGGAUCCGCCUGACGUUAUCAAGAUUUCGCCAUGCGCUCGAUUGGAAUGCUGGAUAGACCCAUUCUCGUCUGCAUCUGUCAAAGCUUUAGAAGCAAUCGGAAAAAACCUGCUAACACAGUACGAGCGAUGGCAGCCUAGAGCUCGGUACAAGGUCUGUUUAGAUCCUACUGUUGAAGACAUUAGAAAGUUGUGUGUAGGUUGCCGAAAAAGUGCGAAGAGCGAAAGGGUGCUGUUUCAUUACAACGGCCAUGGUGUACCAAGACCAACAGCUAAUGGUGAAAUCUGGGUGUUCAAUAAGACUUUUACUCAAUACAUACCACUUUCAGUUUACGAACUGGAAUCAUGGCUUGGGAACCCAUCUAUUUAUGUGUUGGAUUGCUCAGCAGCUGGCAUGAUUGUGAAAGCGUUCUGUGAGCGGCCUGAGUGGGGCCUUGGAGAAACACCCUCGAGUUCUCUAACUUCUGCAACGAAGGACUGCAUAUUGUUAGCUGCUUGUGGAGCAAAUGAAACACUCCCUCAGGGUAUGGAGCUGCCAGCUGAUGUCUUUACGUCCUGUCUUACAACUCCAAUCAAAAUCGCGUUAAGAUGGUUCUGUCCACGUUCUUUACUUUCUUUGGAUCCCGAGCUCAUAGACAAAAUACCUGGGCGUCAAAAUGAUCGGAAGACUCCCUUGGGGGAACUGAACUGGAUAUUUACAGCUAUCACAGAUACAAUUGCGUGGAAUGUGUUGCCACGAGAGCUAUUUCAGCGUUUGUUUCGGCAAGAUCUUCUUGUGGCCAGCUUGUUUCGUAAUUUCUUGUUGGCCGAACGCAUCAUGAGGGCUGUGAACUGCUGUCCACAAUCAUACCCUCGCCUACCUCCUACACACCAACAUCCUAUGUGGCACGCAUGGGAUAUGGCUGCUGAAAUUUGUCUUUCGCAGCUGCCUGCAUUGCUAGAGGAUCCAACUAUUGAAUUUCAUCCUAGUCCUUUUUUCACAGAGCAAUUGACAGCUUUCGAGGUGUGGCUGGAGCAUGGUUCUGAAAGGAAGAAGCCACCUGAGCAACUUCCUAUCGUUCUUCAAGUUUUACUAAGCCAGUCUCAUAGAUUUCGUGCUUUGGUACUCUUAGGCCGGUUUUUGGACAUGGGAGCGUGGGCUGUAGAUUUGGCUUUGUCUGUGGGAAUAUUUCCCUACGUUCUUAAGCUGCUACAAACAACAGCUAACGAUUUACGGCAGAUUCUCGUAUUUAUCUGGACGAAGAUUUUAGCUCUUGAUAAGUCAUGCCAAGUUGACCUUGUUAAAGAUGGUGGUCACUCUUACUUCAUCCACUUCCUGGAGAGUCCUGGCAUUCACGCAGAGCAAAGGGCCAUGGCUGCAUUUGUUCUGACCGUCGUUGUUGAUGGCUAUCAACAUGGUCAGCAAGCCUGUAUUCAAGCUGGCCUAAUCAACAUUUGUCUCUCUCAUAUACAAGCAGCUCCAAAUGCUUCGGAUGGACUGCCUGAACCUUUGCUUCUUCAGUGGCUUUGUCUGUGUCUGGGAAAGGUUUGGGAUGGAGCUGCAGAGGGAAUAUGUAUUGCGUUGCAUGAGGAUGCCCCUGCAAUCCUUGAGAAAAUCCUUAAAGAACCGCAUCCUGAGGUUCGUGCCGCGGCUGUAUUUGCGCUUGGGACUAUGGUGAAAGUUGGAGUGGAUGAACCUUCUAUAGAAGGAGCUGACUCUGACGUGCAGGAAGUUGCGGAACAAAGGAUCGCAGCCCUACUACUGACAGUCUUAAGUGAUGGAAGUCCACUUGUUCGAGCCGAGCUUGCUAUAGCAAUGGCACGAAUAGCAUGCAGCCAUAAUAGGAUGUUCCGACAAGCUGCUGCAGCGUACUUAAAAUUGCCAUCUCAAUCAGCAGUUGUGCCGAACUAUGGAACUGGCUACAGAAACCCAGGGUAUCCGUACGCUUCGCAACUUAUUUAUGCUGGUUCACAACAAGAUCUAGAUCAAGGUCUUCAGACUCUGGAUGGAGGAGCGACUUACCAUUCAUUUAUGCGCAUUGUUAGGAGCAGCGGGUCUUUGUCAGGCUCUCCAGGCUCUUCUGGGAAUUCGCCUUUAUCUGAUAAUGCAGUGCUUGGAGAUUCCAGUAGCAUUGCUUCCAACAACGGUGGCAACCGGCAAUGGAAACGUCCUGAAGAAAGCAGCUUCUAUGUGCAAUGUAUUAUGGCCGCUUAUGCAUUGGCUAGAGAUCCUUUUCCUCGUGUGGCUAGUCUGGGCCGGAAAGUUUUGAGGAUAGGUGGAGUUGAGUCAGCUCAAGUUGUUGUACCUUCAAGAGCUGGUGGUGUCGUAGGUUAUCCACGAAAUCCACCUGUGGUUGCACUUCCUCCUACCCCGCCUAUGGCCGGGGUGCUACAUAGGUCUACAUCUUGGGUAGCAUCUUCUUCAGGAAAUCUGGCAAGCACUUGGCGUAUCACAACACCUCCCCCGAGCCCACCCACUCGACCAGCAUUUCUUGCAGGUUCUACCAGUAGCCUUAGACGUGUGGCAUCUAUGGAUAUUUCUGCGGCAUUGGCCGGAGCUUGGGAUCCUUCGAGACCAGCAGUACGAAUAGCUGGUGAUAUUGUUGCAUAUCCUUCAUCUCCAGUUCUGAACACACUGACAUCUGGUCUAGCUGAUGCAGCUGGGAUGAUGAACUCUGGGGUUUCAGCAGUGAAUCUGGAAGCAGCUUCAACUGCUACUUCAUUGCCAGAGUCAACUUUUUAUAAGUGGAGUUGUGGUCACUUCUCCCGUCCAUUGUUGGAACCCUCUCACGAUGAUGAAGAGGAGAUAUUAGCUCGACGGGAAAUGAGAGAGAAGGAGGCACUCAAAGGAAUCGACAGAUGUCAACAUUCAAGUGUAAGCAAAGUAGUCGAUCAGAUCGGCAGUUGGGAUACUCAAUCUGAAGUUGGCACGAAAGCAGUGCUAUUGCACCCAUUCAAACCCCUAGUCUGUAGUGUAGAUGACAACGAGAUUAUCAGGAUAUGGGAUUAUGAUGCGGGUGAAGUAGUGAACACUUUUGAGAAUCAUAAUACCCCAGACAAAGGGAUCUCCAAGCUUUGCUUGCUCAAUGAGUUGGAUGAUAGCUUCCUGCUUGUUGCUUCAAGUGAUGGGAGCAUAAGAGUGUGGAAAGAUUACACGCAGAAGGAUAAGCAACGUCUAGUGACAGCAUGGCAGUCUGUGCAAAGGCACAGACCUGGCGCUCGAGGCCUCAGUAGCGUGGUGGAUUGGCAACAAAUGACAGGUUACUUGUAUUCAUCAGGUCAAAUUUCCUGUAUCAUGGCGUGGGAUCUUGAUCGAGAGCAGUUAGCCUACAGGAUACCUUGUUCAGAUAGUUAUGCGUCUGCUAUGGCUGCUUGUCAGACACACCAUGCACAUGUGAUUACUGGCUGUGGAGAUGGGUCUGUCAAGGUUUAUGACGUACGGUCGCCUGAAAUGCUUGUGUGUGCAAUGAAACCGCAUGGUACGAAAGUUGUUGGUCUUGACUUUCAACCUGGGGCAGAUUUUACCAAGUUGAUCUCAGCAUCACAGGCUGGGGACCUUAAAAUGUUGGACUUGAGAAACAGCGCACCUUAUCUGGAGGUAGAUGCACACAAGGGCCAUUUGACGUCCUUAGCUGUGCAUCGAUACGCACCUGUGAUUGCCACAGGAUCAGGCAAGCAGUUGAUCAAAACCUUCAGUACAAGCGGGGAGCAACUGAGUGUGGUUCGACCUCACAACAGCUUCUUAGGCCAAAGAAUUGGUCCAGUUACUUCCUUGCACUUUCAUUCUUACAACGUGUUUCUGGCUGCGGGAGCUAGUUACUCCAUGGUUUCCAUUUAUGCUGGGGAAAGCAUUCAAGGAAGAUAAUAUUUGGCGAAAGCAUGUAAGGAAGAAAGCUUCAAAUAUGCUGGGAAAAGCAUUUCAAGUUCUCUAGCCGAAGGACUGCACAGGCAUUUGAACGAGCUACUGCCUGUCUGUGAUCCUUAUUUCGUUCACCAAGCCAUGGCUAGGACCAGCUGUUCAAUCUGGAUGAACUUGGAAGCGAUGGGGUUGUUUUUGAACAGGAAGCUGAGUCGGAACUGAACUUGGUUUUGGAUCUGCAGUUCCGUGUCUAUACAUUUCUUUCAUUUUCAUCUCCUUAGGAAUAUUCUUUCUAAAGCUGGGCAUUCUUAUGGCACUCCGUAUGUAUUUUUGUACAUCUAUUUUUUUGGCUAUAUUACAACUGCACAGCUUGUGCUUAACUUAAAAUCCUUUUGAAACCUUGAUAGUUGAGUGAUAUGUGAGUGAAUUGACACACUGGACCCUACGAUAUAGCUCAAGUGAACAAUUUUUUUGUAAAAUUGAAUCAACACUGGCAGGUGAUUAACAUGUAGUGAACUAUUCAACUUGUCA